CCGGCCUUCAUCUCCAUCCCGUCCAUCCUCCACUCCGCUGCCAUUGUCUCGCCUGGGCCAAUCCCAUCAAUUGUCAUCAAUUAGACUUAGACGAUUCCCUCAUAUAAUUUAUUUCGCUCAAGAUGUUGCGUUGGUACCAGGCUAGACUGGCAAAGCAGCCCAUUCUCACCGCUAGCGUUACCAGUUUCAUUCUUUUCGGAAGCGGAGAUGUUCUGGCUCAACAGGCUGUCGAUCGCAAGGGCUGGGAGAAGCAUGAUCUAGCACGGACGGGCCGAUUGGCUAUCUACGGAGGAGCCAUCUUCGGUCCUGCUGCCACGACGUGGUUCGGCUUUCUCCAGCGUCACGUGGUUCUCAAAGGCACCAAGAGCACCAUCGUUGCCCGCGUCGUUGCCGAUCAAGCUGUCUUCACGCCCAUCAACCUGUCCUGCUUGCUGUCUUCUCUGGCUAUCAUGGAGGGGACCGACCCGGUCGAGAAGUGGCGCAACGCCUUCCUGCCCACGUAUAAGGCAAACCUGUGCGUCUGGCCGAUGGUCCAGGGUGUCAAUUUUGCCCUGGUUCCGAUGGAGUACCGGGUAUUGGUGGUCAACUUGGUCAGCUUGGGCUGGAACUGCCUUCUUAGCAUGAUCACCAGCGAAGAAAAAUAAUCCAGCUUACUCGUGUUUGUUCAAGACCUGCAUUUAGUGAUACCCUGAUUGUACAACUGGCACAUGUCGGCAUCUGUUUUCGAUUUCUUUGGGUUCAUAGAGGUCUUCCGCUGUGCUUCCUUUUACGUUCUUUUGGACAUCACCUGGCGCUUCAGCUUUAGACGUUUCGGUAACAUAUAGACAUUUGGGACUAUAUAGAGUCAGUGGGGGAUCUGGUGUUGUCUCUUUAUUUCGUUUAUAUUUUUCAAAUUCU